GUUUUCUUUUGGUUUUGUUGUCAUUCUCCGUUCUCCACCCAGCAAUAACCAAUUACAAAUUAUUUAUAUAUUUCAAUUUUGAUUUCGCAUAUCACUUUUUUUGUUUUUGAAGAUUAUUUGAUAUGAUCAUAGGAUGUCAAGUUUGGGGAAGUUCAUGUCAACGAAUUGCCCAUUCCCAUUGUUUAUAAUUUUUAUCCAAUAAAUGUGAAUAUCUGCAUCAUUCUUUCUGCAGUUUUUUAUUUCACCUCAAUUAUUUGGUAUGAACAAGUAAUUUGUGCAAAAUUCGAUUUGGGGCCUCUGGGUAGUUGGCAAGCAUUUUCCAACACAACAUGGCUCCUAAUCCGAGGCCCAAGUUGGUUGUUCCAUUCUUCAUGUUACUGUUAAUGCUUCUUUCCUUUGGUUGUUCCAAUGCUGAAUUGGAACAGGAGCUCGGAGCUGCUCCUCAUAAGAAGGUAAUUGUUGGCACUGCUGGGGAGAAUUCCCUCAAGUUAGAGGAAAUCAAUGGCAGAAAAGGUGGAGGCGGUAGUAGAGUUUCCGUUUCCACGGUUGCAUUGUUCACCUUAGCAAUGGCAGCUGCCACUGGUUUAGGGGCUCUGCCCUUCUUCUUUGUGGAGCUUGAUCCACGAUGGGCAGGGUUGUGUAAUGGAAUGGCAGCUGGUGUUAUGUUGGCUGCAAGCUUUGAUCUCAUACAGGAAGGUCAAUAUUAUGGUACUGGAAAUUGGGUUGUUAUUGGGAUUCUAGUUGGUGGCACCUUUAUUUGGUUGUGUAAGAAGUUUCUUGAGCUAUAUGGGGAAGUAAGCAUGUUGGAUAUAAAGGGUGCCGAUGCAACUAAAGUUGUUCUUGUAAUUGGAAUAAUGACUCUCCACUCUUUUGGGGAAGGAUCUGGAGUUGGGGUCUCCUUUGCUGGCUCAAAGGGUUUCUCUCAAGGUUUAUUGGUAACUUUGGCUAUUGCUGUGCAUAACAUUCCAGAGGGAUUGGCUGUGAGCAUGGUGCUGGCAUCAAGGGGUGUCUCUCCACAGAAAGCUAUGUUGUGGAGCGUUAUUACAUCUUUACCUCAGCCAAUUGUAGCCGUUCCUUCAUUUAUUUGUGCUGAUGCAUUUAGUAAGUUCCUGCCAUUUUGUACUGGGUUCGCUGCUGGAUGCAUGAUCUGGAUGGUUGUUGCAGAAGUGCUUCCUGAUGCAUUCAAGGACUUCAGCUCUUUCGGCAACACCUAUUUGCAGUAUGUUGUAUUCAGAUAUAUAAUAUCGUUCUCGUACUACUUUGGUAUACAGGAAGCCUCUGCUUCACAAGUUGCAUCGGCUGCAACAAUUUCGGUAGCAUUUAUGGAAGCUCUAAGCACCCUUUUUCAGAAUUUCAACCGUGACAACAACUCUGAGGAUGCUUCUGGCUUCUUUGUUUCAUCACUUUUUGGCCUUGGCCCAUUACUUGGUGGGAUUAUUCUGGUUGUAUUUGCUCUUGCUCUUCGUCUUCGGCAUACUAUCCUGAUGGGUAUAGCAUGUGGUAUUGCCUUUGUUCUUGGUGCCUGGCGACCAGUGCAGCUAAUUUUGUCUUCAAAAUUAGGAUUUGUUCCUGUUGUGUUACUCCUUGCAACGGGUGCUGCUUUAGUUCAUUUUUCCAGCUCUGGUGUAUUGAAGGUGGCAGCUCGCAAGAAAACCUCAGUCAAUGACUUGCCUUCAUUAACAGGCUUCCCUGUGAGUGUUCAAACCCUUCAAUCAUUUGUAUCGUGUGGUGCAGUUGCUCUACAUGCUUUGGCUGAAGGACUUGCGCUUGGAGUAGCUGCACCAAAAGCUUAUGGAUUUGGUCGUCACAUGGUCGUUCCAGUCUCUCUACAUGGUCUCCCCCGAGGUGCAGCUGUUGCUAGCUGCAUCUAUGGUGCUACUGAUAGUUGGCAUGGUUCUCUUGCAACAGCUGCCAUAAUUGGAUUUAUGGGUCCAAUAUCAGCAAUUGGAUCAAUUCUUGCUGGGAUUGACUACAGUGGCCUUGAUCACAUAAUGGUCCUGGCUUGUGGUGGAAUAAUUCUAAGUUUUGGAAAUGUAGUUAAGAGAGCACUUAGCUUGGACAAGAAAAAAAGCACAUGUGGCCUCGUUAUGGGAAUUGGGUUUGCUACCUUAUGCCUAACGUUCACUAAAUUAGUUUGCUUGCACACACCUUACUGCAAUUCUGCACCAGAGGCUGUCAGAUAAGAAGAUUGUGCUGCAUUUCAUGCAUCCUCAAUUGUUAUAUGCUUACAUCAGUGGUACAUAUGUUUCUGUAGUUUGUUCUCCCAACGAAUGUUGCAUAAUAUUGAAGAGUUCGGAGAAAUUGUAAAUAAAGCGAGACUAGAUAUUUUUUGGAGUGUAGGAAGAAGUGUCCAAAAGAGAACCUGAGACAGAUAUACAGUGACACUUUCAUACAAAACCUGUAAUAUAGAACGUAUCAUGCACCGUAUAAAUUGCAUGGUCAUGUAGAACUAAUCAGAUUCUGAGUGCUUCA